CCCAAUUACAAAAAUAUUUACAUGGCCAAAUAGACCUACUCGAAAUAUAUGCUUAUCAAGAAAUAAAAUCAUCAUUCUUCAAAACCCUUCUUAUUAUAAAAAAAACACUCUCAAGAAUGGGCAACGCCGAUGAUGGCAAGUACGGCUCCUCGGCCAGCCACCGCGUGGCCCUCCCUCCGCCACAGCCGUUCGUGACGUCGCUGAGGAACACUUUAAAGGAGACGCUCUUCCCAGACGACCCCCUCCGGCAGUUCAAGAACCAGCCAGCGCGGAGGAAGGUCGUCCUCAGCCUGCAGUACUUCCUCCCGAUCCUCGAGUGGGGCCCGCGCUACACUUUGGACUCAUUCAAGUCCGACCUCAUAGCCGGGAUCACCAUUGCUAGCCUAGCCAUACCGCAGGGGAUAAGUUACGCCAAGCUCGCCAACUUACCCCCUAUCCUUGGCCUAUAUUCGAGCUUCGUCCCACCUUUGGUUUAUGCUGUGAUGGGGAGCUCGAGGGAUUUGGCAGUCGGAACCGUGGCUGUCGGAUCGUUGCUGAUGGGAUCGAUGUUAGGGACGGUGGUGAAUGCUAGUGAAGAGCCUAAGCUCUAUCUUCAUCUUGCUUUCACUGCCACAUUUGUUGCUGGCCUAUUUGAAGCUGCCAUAGGCAUUUUCAGGUUGGGGUUUAUAGUGGAUUUCCUAUCCCAUGCAACGAUAGUAGGAUUCAUGAGCGGAGCCGCGACGGUGGUGUGCCUUCAACAGCUCAAAGGCCUACUCGGGCUUCACCAUUUCACCCACGCCACCGAUGUUUUAUCUGUCAUGCGUUCUGUUUUCACUCAAACUCAUAAGUGGAGAUGGGAAAGUGCUGUGCUGGGAUUUGUUUUCCUUUUCUACCUCAUGCUUGCUAGAUACUUUAGCAAAAAGAAGGCAAAAUUAUUUUGGAUAUCAGCAAUGGCUCCUUUAACAUCGGUGAUAAUUGCAACUAUUUUUGUGUACUUUACCCAUGUAGAGAAACAUGGUGUCCAAGUGAUCGGAGAGCUAAAAAAGGGGAUUAAUCCAUCAUCAGUAAUGGAUUUGAACUUCGAUUCGAAAUACCUACCGCUAGCAAUCAAAACAGGCAUAGUCACAGGCAUCAUAGCUCUCGCUGAAGGAAUAGCAGUAGGGAGAAGCUUUGCCAUGUUCAAGAACUACCAUAUCGAUGGCAACAAAGAGAUGAUUGCUUUCGGGAUGAUGAACAUCGCCGGCUCCUGCACUUCUUGCUACCUCACCUCUGGCCCAUUUUCAAGAUCCGCGGUCAACUUCAACGCCGGCUGCAAAACUGCAGUGUCGAAUAUAGUGAUGGCCUUGGCUGUAAUGAUCACAUUAUUAUUCCUAACUCCAUUGUUCCAUUACACGCCUAUCGUCGUCCUAUCCUCCAUCAUCAUUGCUGCCAUGCUCGGCCUCAUUGACUACCAGGCAGCAAUCCAUCUAUGGCACGUCGACAAAUUUGACUUCUUCGUCUGCAUCACUGCCUAUGUUGGCGUCGUCUUCGCAAGCAUUGAAGUCGGCCUUGUCCUAGCGAUUGGACUAUCUAUUAUGAGAAUACUAUUGUUUGUUGCAAGGCCCAAAACAUUACUUUUGGGUAAUAUUCCAGAUUCAAAGGUUUUUAGGAAUAUUGAUCACUAUCAAAAUGCUACAAGUGUUCCUGGGAUUAUCAUUCUUGAGAUUGAUUCUCCAAUCUACUUUGCUAAUUCCAACUAUUUGAGGGAAAGAAUUUUAAGAUGGAUUGAUGAGGAGGAAGACAGAUUGAAAUCAGUUAAAGAAACAAGCUUGCAGUAUGUUGUACUUAACAUGAGUGCCGUUGGGAACAUUGAUACGAGUGGGAUCAGCAUGCUCGAGGAGGUCAAGAAGAUCGUUGAUCGGAGAGGGCUAAAGUUGAUGAUGGUGAAUCCUGGAGCAGAGGUGAUGAAGAAGCUGAACAAGUCGAAAUUCUUAGAAAUAAUAGGACAAGAAUGGAUAUUUCUGACGGUGGGAGAGGCUGUUGGAGCAUGCAAUUACAUGCUUCAUAGUUGUACCCAACAAAUGAAGUCUCAUGAAUCGGACAAGCAGUAUAACAAUGUCUGAAAUAGCUCUUGUGUUACAAGAUUAUUAUUGGAGCUUUGAUUUACCCAAUAAUUAAGUACAAAUAAAUCGGUUGCUCCACUGUUUCGAUUUGAUUUUAUUUACAAAAUUUUGUUGGGCUAA